UUGGUGAUUCGUCGAGUACGGAAUCGCGAAACAGAUGUCGUAAUUCGGCAAUUUCAAGUUCGGACAGUUGCAGAGGNUUUUUGUUUUGUUCCAUCUUUUUUCAUUUGUUUAGUCUCAGUUGUGAAAUCAGAGAAUGUGAUUCGUGGAUUUGUUCAGAGAUUCAAUUGCAAAAUUCUUCGUCCUUCAUUCCUGUCCUUCAUCGAUUUAUUUUAUUUAUCUUUCUCUCACAUCAGUUUUUUUCGCCUUUGA